GCCUUCAGUCUUUACAGCCACAUGUGUAUGUCGUUAGGAAUCAAGCUCACUUUCAAUCAGUUGCAGGUGCUGAGGUUGGAUUUGCCUUUCAGCCUUAAUGGGUGAAGACACUUAUAAAAGCUGUUGCAGCAGACAGCGCACACAUAGUACCACCCCGGCCAGAAUAUACACAAAGCAAGUGGUUCACCUUAGCACAUGUUGGUUGGCAGGCAGGUGUAGUUUUCUAGCCGCUAGCUUUAAACUCUGCCAACACAUCCAUUGCGAUGGAUUUUGGGUUCUGCCUUGGUGUUUCCUUACUCCUGUCUGUGUGGUCCACUGCAAAAUGUUCUGGCAUCCCCAAAGGAGCUCUUCAUAUGGAGUGUCGUGAUCGUUACUUCAUGAUAGCUGUUGAUCUCUCCUUCACUGGGGACGAACCUCUCUUUGAGGCCGUUGAUCGGACGGGUGUGUACGCCAUCACUAGGUGGUAUGCAGCUCAGUGUGGCUACAGCGUCAGACUUCUCCCUCUACUGGGUCACGUGGAGCUCCGAGCCUCUUACUUCAGCUGUCACACUGACAACAAUGAUGAUGAGGUCUUCUUGUUUAACUUCAACUUGACUGUGACGCAUGAAGGACGGGAGGACAGCUAUGCCCUGAACAAGACCUGUUCUCCCUCUCUCCCCUGGUCUCCCAGAGAAAUUACCUGUGAGGAAAACUACAUGGAGGUGUCUGUGAGGAGUGAAGUCGCCUGUCCCGCUCGGACAGUAAAGGAUGACUGGAGUGCUCUUAAACCUGCACAUAGCUCCACCACCUCAGACUGGCAGGUGACGUUUCAGAGAAAUGAGGAGCAGUUGCCCCCCAUGGCCCUCUCUGAUGCUCGCAAGAAGGGCUACGCGUUUGGCUUGACCGAUGGCAGGCUGGUGUUUCGUACUCCGUACGGGCAACCUGAAGCAUUCAGCACUGAGGUGAAUGGCGUUCCAGUAGAGGAGGUCCAUGCAACUCUGUUCUCCAGACAAAGCUGGGUUGUCCUCAUGGUCGACCUGGUGACUGCUUGCUCCAUGUAUGAAGGAUCUUAUGAUGACAGCGGCUACAUGGUGUGGCGAACUCCUGAAGUGCCGUACCGGAGUCUUCACGGAACACAACUCAACAUUGGUCUCAAUGGUGAACUUGUGGCGCAGCCAGUUGCAGAGGACAGACACUUUGUUGUGGGGAACAUUAACGCCACAGUCCAGAUAAGCGUCCCCUUAACUGCUGAAGGAGGAUACAGGAAGAGCUUCGUGCUUGGUGAUCUCUUUGAGAUUUAUGUGUUUCAUCUCUACUUGGAGCAAAUCCUGGCGGCCGAGGAUCGGGUAGAAACCAGAGUACGAUUCCAAAGGACUCUGUCCACUCCUCUGCUGCCACACCCCAUUUUCACUGAAAACCAAACGGUUGCUGACGAACUCUCAUUCACGGUCUACCUCGGAGACGUCCCCGAAGACAUGGAGUUGGUUGCUGUUUAUUUGAAUGGAGACGAAUUUACAGUUCACUUUAUGAACACGAGAAGCCACAAUAUCACUAAAGUUGUUCACCCCAACAACACUCUUGGUUACGUUCUAAAGGUGCCUUUUGAUGACCCUGUUGUCCUGCUGCAGUUCUCUGACGAUGCAGUUCUUCACUAUGAGCUGAACAUCAACUACACACUGACAAUCCUGCCUGAAAACAAGCCUUUUUACCAUGUGACAUCAGUCAUGGCAUUCAUUGAUGCCUCUCCUCCAGCCUUUGAUGCCGUCUGUUCCAAGUCUGGCAUCAGCUUCAGUCGGGACCACCGGCCGUAUGACUCCCUCUGGGAGAUCAGUAUCGGCUCAGACCUGCUCACACCAGAGCUGGCGGCCAAACACGGCUACAUCAUGAGCAACAAUAGCCAGAGUCUGUGGCUAAUGGUGCCACUCUUCUCUCACGGCUACAAGUACAACAGCAUUAGUUUGAAGGGCUUCUAUGGCACCUUCAAGAUCCUCAUGCGGGAUCAUCAGACAUCAGAGGUCGAAAGCUCAACCAUCAAGAGUUGUCCGUUCUCUACUAAUGAACUCAUUUUGUGUUCGACUCUAGGGAGGUUGACUGUGGUGGCCGACAUGUCUCUGGCCAUCCCAAGCAGAGGACUUCCUGCAAGAUUCAACCUGGUCGACAAAUUCUGUGGCGCCAGAGAGAACGACGGCACCAGGGCUCUGUUCUCUUUUCCAAUCAACACCUGUGGAACCACCAUCGAGCUCAGCAUGGGAAAUGUGACCUAUCAAAAUGAGAUUUUCUAUAGCGGGAGCAGUCGGGUACACUCUGACGCUGUUGAGAGGGUGAUGGUACAGUGCACAUAUCCUCUGGCUAGUCUGCAUCGCCUCUUCACAACGUUUCGGUUUGAGGCUGACACAGCUGGUAUCGGCAGCAUCAUCCACACUGCACGGCCCGUAUCGGAUAUGCAGAGUCUCACCAUCGAGCCCACUGCAGCGCUUCAAACCACACCUGCUAGUCCAGCUGUCUCGCGCAUGCAUGCUGACCAUCCCUCUACUCGCUACAUCAAAGUUCCUAGUUUUGACAAACUUGCCAGUGUGUUGAAGAGAAAGAGCACAAGGAUCCAAGCAAAGUAAAUCCUGCCCUAAUUUGAAGGAAGUGUAAUUUUUAAAUGGAAAAUUUUUAAUUUAAUAAAGCUGUUUUUCUUAAA